CUGUUCGGAGGAAUCAGCAGCAGCAGCAGCAGCAGCAGGACAAUGUACCGUCUCCAGCACGGAUCCUAACGGGCACCGGGCGGCUUCAACAAACUGGAAUAUCAGGAGGCGAAUGUCAAACAGCUCCAGGAUGCUGCCCCCCUCCUCCCUGCUGACCUACUCUUCACCAGGGGGCAUCUGACUUACCAAACAUGAUGAAGACUGAGCCCCCGGCGGCCACGGGGGGCAACGGGGCCUCCGCCGAGGGCAGCGGGAGCGCCAAUCUGCGGAGCCCCUCGCCCCACCGCAACGCCUACGAGGCCGGGCUGGCGGCGCUGAAGAAAGCCACCGACCACCUCAACAAUGCCGCCAACGGAGGCGCCGAGCCGUCCUCGAAACCCGCCCCCCUGCCCCGCCCGACGGGGAGGGGCCGGAAGUACGGAUCCAACGUCCACCGCAUCAAGAACAUGUUCAUGCAGAUGCAGUCUCCCGGCGACGAGGAGGAUGGAGCCAAAAUGAUUGAAACUCUCUGGUCGUUUGCAGGUAAGGACCAGGCGGUGAAACUGUCCCUGCCGAGAGCGUCCAGCCUCAACGAGAACGUCGACCACAGCGCCCUGCUGAAAAUGGGCGACACCGUGUCGGAGAGGGUGAACCGCUUCGAUUCGAAACCCGGCAGGGAUGGCGGAGGUUUCUCCAAACUCCAGGAGACCAGGAGGAUCUUUGAGCAGCGGACUCUGCAGGAGAAACAAGCUGCCACCAACCGCAUCCUGCUGAAGAAGGAGCGAGCGUCGGGCUUCCAGGACAGCCGCCUGGACGUCGUGGCUCGCUUCAACGGUUCCACCGAAGCUCUGGACCGGCUGGACGACCCCCCCGUCCCCCAUCCUGCUACUGUUCCCCCUGCUGCAGCCUCGGUCGGGCCCGGUGAGGCCGUCAGCCCCACUGUGAGCCAACUCAGUGCCGCGUUCGAGAAAGGCGAACUGCAAAACAACCUCUACCUCCCCCAACGUCGGUCAGCUCCCGCCUUGGCGCCAAAGCCCAAACCUCCAGCCAGAGCGGAGGCUGCCGAGAGGAAGACAAAGGUGUCCCCUCCAGGUAAGGGGGACAAGGAGGAGGUAACAGCAGGAGUUCUGAGCCCCGAGGCAGCAGAGCUACAAGAGGCGGCAGGUUCCCUACAGAGGGGCGUAGGUGGACUGGUGGCAGGCGAGGAGAAGGACGGGUUUGGACAGUCAGGAGACCAGCUCUCCAACUCCUCCUACUCCUCGUCAUCCUCGGUGACCGUCACCUCCACCUCUACCUCAUCAGAGGCCAAACCGGAGUCCGACGCUCAGCCGGCAGCGACCGAAGCGAGGGGCUCCAGCACGGCGGCCGAUCCCGAGCUGGAGGCCGGAGAGCAGGACGGCUCGAGCGGCGGCUCCGAGGCCGGGGGCAGGCUGGUGCAGGCCGACGUUCACGCCUCGCUGGAGAACGGAGAGAAAGAGCGUCCGUCUUCCUCCCCCUCCUCCGACGAGAAGGAGGCGGACUCGGACGAAAGGGGCAAGGAAGAGGAGGAGAACGACGAGGACGGCUCGAGGAAGGAGGAUUACUCGGAGGGGGACCUGGUAGACAUCAGCGCGUACAGCGGGCUGGGAGAGGAGGACUCCGGGGGCAGCCAGCUGGACGACGAGGACGACGAGGAAGAAGACGAGGAGGCGUAUCAGCCGGAGACCAGCUGCUCAGAAAUCGCGGGGCUCCCUGAGGAGGAGGAGCCGCCGCCGCCCUGCAGGAAGAUUCGUUUCAGCACUCAGCCAAUCAAGGUCUUCACCACCUACUCCAACGAGGACUACGACCGACGCAACGAUGACGUCGACCCCAUGGCGGCCUCGGCGGAGUACGAGCUGGAGAAGCGGGUGGAGAAGCUGGACCUGUUCCCCGUGGAGCUGGAGAAAGAUAGCGACGGUUUGGGCAUCAGCAUCAUCGGUAUGGGCGCAGGAGCUGACAUGGGCCUCGAGAAGCUGGGCAUCUUUGUUAAGACGGUCACUGAGGGCGGAGCUGCUCAGAGAGACGGCAGGAUCCAGGUGAAUGAUCUGAUCGUGGAGGUCGAUGGAACCAGCCUGGUUGGAGUGACGCAGAGUUUUGCUGCAUCUGUCCUCCGCAACACCACAGGAACAGUCAGGUUUGUGAUUGGCCGGGAGAAGCCGGGGGAGCAGAGCGAAGUGGCUCAGCUGAUCCAGCAGACUCUGGAGCAGGAGCGAUGGCAGCGAGAGAUGAUGGAGCAGAGAUACAAGCAGUACAUGGACGACGAUGAAGAGACAGGUGAAUAUGCAACAGACGAGGAGGAGGAGAUGAGUCCGAUGUUUCCAAACUCCGUUGAGGUGUUCGACCUGGCAGAGAACCAGGACAUGUUGUCUCCUGUGGAGAUGGACCCCGAGAAGCUGGCCCACAAAUUCAAGGAGCUCCAGAUUAAACAUGCGGUGACCCAGGCGGAGAUCCAGCUGCUCAAGAGGAAGCUGGCUCACGCGGAGCAGGAUAGGUUGCGUUGGCGGAUGGAGCGUGCUCAGUUGGAGCAAAACAUCCGGGACAGCAAAGAGAGGAUGGAGAAACUGGAGGGCUACUGGAUGGAGGCGCAGUCGCUGUGUAAGGCGGUGGAUGAACACCUGAAGGAAACCCAGGCUCAGUACCAAACCCUAGAGAGGAAAUACAGCAAAGCCAAGAGACUCAUCAAAGAAUACCAGCAGAAGGAGAUUGAGUUUCUGAAAAAGGAAACGGCUCAGCGUCGAGCGCAAGAAGAGAGCGAGGCAACACACAAAGAGGAGACGGACAACCUGCAGGAAAAGAUUACCGACUUGGAGACCAAAGUGGAUGCCUUGAAGACCCCCAAACCCUCCUAGACUGCUGCUACUUCCUACCUCCUGUCUGUGACUGGAAGAGGAGGAGCUCUGCCUUCAUUCUGACCGGGGCUGUAUUUUAUUCCAAUCAACCAUCAAACUGCACGGACAGGUAGCGCAGGAGAGAAAAAAUAAAACAACAAAACAACAAGGACGACAGCUGUACAAUGAGGAGCGUGGUGGCAUACCGACGAGGAAAGACCUCUCAUCUGACAUCAGCCAGUGACGUAGUGCCCUGUCAGUCAAUAACCAAUCCCAGAAUGCACCUCCUGUAAUAUCUACAAUCCUCCUCGUGUGUCUUCCUGGCAACCGGCUUGGCAAUCAACACGGAAACCACGUUCUUCAAUUCAUGGAUGAUCUAUUUUCUCCUCUUCGACGGUAUCUUCCCAGGUUCUAUUCAUGAAAUUAGUUUUUAAAAGGAAAAAAAACAAAAAAAGAAGCGCUUUUAUUAACCAGGCUCGUCACAAAGUGCUUUAUAGAGCGACGGAGGGAAUAAAUGCAAAACAUACAGGAACAAAAAGGACAAACGAUUGUCGAACUCAGUGGACCGUCUUGUUUUUUUUCUUCUUCUCCGGGGGGCUGGAACUUGACGGGAUCCUUACGAAGAGGACAAACGUGCUUUCUGUUCUGUUGAUCGUUUGAAUCAAAAGACUACAAACAAAAAGCAGUGGCCGUUUUUAAAGAGAACCUCGGUAGUAACACAACAAGACUCUGAAAAGGAAACAGCCACCACCCCGCCGAUAGUUAAGUAAUAAACAAAAAACUAUGAAAACAAGAUCGCCGACAGAUUUCCGAUCAAAAAACUGUGAAACUACAGAACGCCCCGGCCCUUUGGUUUCUUCUUUUCCAGCCUAACUCUCUGCAAAGCGACGGAAAGAAAUCAGGCAGAAGCGUGGCAUUUCAGGUCUGAACCGUGGUGGCGCCCGUGUUUGUAUAUAUUCUAUACAUUUAUUUAAAAGUGUUUAAGUGGCUUAAGCAAUUAAGUGGAUCCGAGAGUUAAGGCGGUGCAAUGAGCGGAGGAAGUGGUUUCGGUAGUCCUCAGUCUGUUUCAUCUCUUCUUUUUUUUUUUUAUCAACAUCAAUGGCAAACAGGGUGUGAAUAGUCUAAUAUGUGCUUAUAGAGCUUCUAAUGGUGUAUAUUUGUUG